UGUAGCUAUUGUUGGUGUUUCCUGUUUCCUCUUUUUAAUUAAUUGUGUUAAAACUGUUUUCAUUUAAGUUGUUACAAAACGUUUUCUUUAGAACAAAAUGCUCAAAUGGAUUAUAUCUGUCGUUUUAAGUUUUACUCUAAGAGCAAAUGAAUGGAAAAAUAAUAAAAUGUGAAUAUAUAAACAAACAAUGAAGCAACUAUUCCUGUUAUUUUAAAAAAGAAAUAUAAGAAGGAAUCGUUUACCUGGUUUAUAGUUUAUCAUCGUGAAAUUUGAAUAAUUUUUUCGUGUUUCUGGUUUUUUUGUAGCAGUAGAGAGAUAAAAUUCUUACCCAUACUGUGCGUGUGUGCAUACAGAUGUCUCGACGCGCUCAGUGCUGCAUGAUCAUUGUCUUGGUUCAAGUUCCCGUGUUCUUAAUCUACUUUCUUAACACUGAAAAGAAAUUCGUUUCUUAUGCGACAUCACUAGCGCUUAAAAUUAAUAGAACGAGCACAGAAAAUUCUAACAGUACACAGGCUAAAGAAAAGGUGGAAGUUUUAUACAAUGAAGUGAGAAAAAAGCUAGAAAAUGUUCGCGAACUCAACAGAAAGCGUUUAUUCAAGGGAGAAGCACUAUUGAAAUGGUGGAAAGAUGAAUUCAAAGAGAUGUUAGAUGUUAUGAAAGUUACGCGGAGAGAAAGAUAUCAAUUACUUCUUAUUGUAUCCACUGCGCCGCAACGCGCUGACCGUCGGCAAGCUAUUCGACAGACAUGGUGGCAACAAUGUCAAGAAAACAGCCAGUUAAAAUGUAUCUUCUUUACCGAUGGUCUUGUUAAAGACAGUGAUAAGGACGAACUGAAAAAAGAAAAUCGGCAGUAUGGAGAUUUGUUUUUACAACCAGUACCAAACGGUAUACAUUUUGGGGAACGAUUGUUAUACCAACUACAAUGGGCCAUUCUAGCUUACGAUUUUGAUUACUUAGUCCGGAUAGAUGAUGACCAGUUUCUUUGCUUGGAUGUUUUGUCAUAUGAACUUCAACACAAGGUGCCAAAAACAAAUGCGAUAUAUGGAUGGGUUCAUUGCAGGAGAAACCUAAUCCGGCCCGAUGAAGGUUUUGUUGUGUUUUCGGAGGAUGUUGUUUAUAAAUUUUUGUCCCAACCAAACGACACGAUGAUGUGCCAUCCAGUAGGUGGCCAACAAAUAGGUUUAUGGGUUAAAAAUUUGAAGAUGAGAAAUAUAUAUUACCAUGAUGCACGUAUUCAUCAUGACCCCCCUGCCGCUCAGUUACCAUAUUUAUUAAAAAAGAAUGACAUUUGCCAUGAAUACGUAUCCCUACACGGGAGCUAUCCAAAAGUGAUGAAAAUAUUUUGGGACAAAAGAGGAGCCAGGGGGGUUGAUGUACAAAAGUCAUCUCGCCGUAUUCAAGAGUUUAAAAAUUACUGUAACUUCGAUCAAGCAUUUGAUUUUCGCUUGUUUCAGGGAAAAUGGAGAUACAAUACAAUGUUGUGCUCCUCAAAAAUUACCGGGAGUACAACAGAUAAAAUAUAUAAGGGACGUGAAUGAAAUCAUCUUAAACAACAAGGCAAAAAAUAUCUGCGUAUUCAAAAUGGCGGAUGUUAAGUGUUUUUUUUGUCAUAUAACAUUUCUAAGAUAUGCGUAUAUGUUUAUAUAUAACAAAUAGGCGAUGAUGCAAUUUUUUUAGAAAUGAAAUUUGAAGUUUAUAA